AUGCCGCCUCCCGUGGAGGAAUGGUCGGACGAGGAGUCUGGUGGUGAUAUUCCAUUCACUACCGCUCCCGAAGCUUCAGAGACUACGAAUAAUGAGAAAGAAUCAGAAAACGACGACGAGGAAGAGGAUGACGGUGAAGAUGAGGGACUCUACGUCGUUGAAGAGAUCAGGAAACACAAAUAUGAACCUGAUGGCACAAUAUUUCUCUUCGUGAAAUGGAAAGGCUACCCGGCCUACAAGGACCAUACCUGGGAGCCUGAGAUCGGACUCCUGGAGGGUGCCGAAGAAGUACUGAAGGCUUACUACAAGAAGAUCGGCGGUAGGCCCGAGAAGCCAGCCGGGAAGCCUGAGAAGGGAGCUAAGGGCCCCGGUCGAAAGCGCAAGUCGAUGGCAGAGAAGAAGGAGGAACCAACAGCGACAACAACGACUGAGACUAAGAGACGUCGCCAAUCCGCAGGGAAGAACGAAUCCAAGGACGACAUCAAGGCUGAAGCAAACACCCCGGCAGAGACUGAAGAUGACGAGCCUUCCGAUUGGGUCCCCAAGAGCCAGAAUUGGGACAAGGAGGUGCAAACGGUUGAUACCAUUAUCCGUGAUGCUAAUGACCAAGGGCUCUAUGCUCUUCUCCUCUGGAACAAUGGCAAACGGUCGCGCAUCCAUAUCCAGAGUUGCUACGAGAAGUGCCCUAUGAAGAUGCUCAAGUUCUACGAGAAGCACCUCGUCUUCAAGGAUGGUUGA